AUGAUUUCGAUAACAUCUGGUCCUGAGUUCCACACUGAUCCUCCCCCGGGAGCCUCUUCAACUUCAUCGAUCGAGCAAGAUGCGCCGGCUCUCCUAGGGUUACAUCGUGAGGCCCCCAAUCUCCGCAUCUAUACAGCCUCUUCUAUCAAUUAUGAAGCAUUGAAUCGAAUCAAUGACAGGUCUGUCACAACUCUGCCUGUAGCUACCGUGCGCCCUACGGAUGAAGCCGAAAUUUCUACAGCGGUGCGAUAUAUCUCUCAGAAUGGAUUAACUUUGGCAAUUCGGAAUUCUGGCGUCGACCAAGGGGGCAGGAGCCGCGCUUUUGGGCCCAAAGAUGUCUCGCUUGACGUUCGCUCUGUGGAUAAAAUGAUUCUGUCCGCGGAUCGGCAGCAUGUAACGGUCGAAGGAGGAGUGUCAUCCGAAAGGCUACUCAAAUUCCUAGACGAGCACGGCCUUGCAACGCCAACGCCCCUUUCUCUUGUAGUUGGUUAUGUCGGCUUUGCCUGUGGCGGUGGAUAUAGCUCAUGGAAUGGUACCAUGGGCAUGGCCGCGGACAAUAUCCUCGGCGGAAGGGUUGUCCUGGCUGAUGGGCGUAUUAUGGACACAGGCGAUGCUGACUGCGACCCCGAUGUGCUCUGGACGCUUCGCGGUGGCGGAGCUGGUGUCGUUGGUGUAGUUUCUUGUCUCCGCGUUCGAGUACACCGUCGUCCGACCCUUCUAGGCGGGCUAGUUGGGUUCCCUCAGAAAGAAGCGGCCCAAAUCACUGAGAGGCUCGCCAAACUGUAUGCAUGGAAGAAGCCUAAUAAGCUCGUGGCCGAUGUAGGCAUCGUGCACCCACCGGGGGGCGAAGGCUUAUUCUUUUUCCUUCCUGCCUGGGCUCUGGACGAAGACAAGAGCGAUCUUGAUGAGGCAAAAGAUUAUCUUGAGCGCAUGUUGAGUCUUGGAACCGUGCUGGUCAAUACAGUCCAAGAGACUACGCCGUACGGAUUUACUAUGUCCGUUAAGAACCCCGAACUUUUUGCAGAACUCAUAUUUUUCCGGAAGACAGUCUCAGUUCCUGUCUGGUCGGAAGAGCUCGGCCGCAUCCUGUCAGAGCCACUACCAAAUUCUACAUCAAUUGUUGUCAUCCACGAUAGACAUGGAGCAGGCACACGAGGUUCUGGUUCCACCCUCAUGACGAAUGGAGCCUUUUCAAAUCGUGAACCACACGUGAUGCUCGGCAUUUUCGCAGCGGCGCCUCCCGAUGAUGAAGAGGGACUGAAGAGUUGUGAUGCGUGGGUAAAUAAGGUGUCCGAUGGCAUUAACGCAGCAGGUCUUGCUAUGCCGCACAAGUAUCUCAACUUCUGUUCACCUCAUAAGGGUGACGGUCUUCAUUACUACGGAGCUGAUGGUCUGGCUCGAAUCAGAUCUAUCAAGAGUCGGCUCGACCCGUUAAAUCUAUUCGCAAAGAGUACGCCUGAUUUAGCAUAA